AUGUCCGUGCUAAUCGAUAAAUGGUCAGAUGCAUUUGACGACUGUCGACGGGGCGAGACAGCCAGGCGGCGAUCAAUCGGCGAGGUGGAGCGAGAGCGAAGUGGCUGGUGCGCAGGGUGCCAGCCAGACGGCCAAGGAUCGGUCCCCGUCGCGGACGAUGCAGCGGAAGACGUGCUGCUGGAUGACCAAUGGCCGAGAGGUGGCGGAUCUUGGAGACAUACAGCUGUUGUCGCAGUGGAACCGCCGGCGAAGAAGAACAUCUGA